UGCAUGCUUCUCGCGCUUUUCUUUCCUACACAUUACGACGUCAGUGGUAUAUGGACUUCUCUGCCGCAUAGGGACUUACGAAGUCUGGUCUACUGCAAUGGCAUACGGUACAGUGAAAAUGUCAAAGACUGGGACUUUCUGUGGAAUCAGUACGAGUCUAAUGUAACAUCUGAACAAGAAGCUAUUCUUUCAGGAUUAGCCUGCACAAAAGAUCCAUCGCUUUUAAAAAGACUUUUACUUAAAACAAUCGAUGACUCUACAAAGAUGAGGGCACAAGAUGCAUGGACAGCGUUCAGCUCGAUCUAUAGGUCUAGUUCAGAAGGUGUAGAUGCAGCUGUAGUUUUCUUUGCGGAGAAUUACAAUAAAAUUGUUGAAAAGUACAAAAGUAUGUUGGUCAUAGGAGACCUGCUGGUCGACGCGGCAAGUAGAGUGACAAAUGACCAAAGUCUUGCAAGCCUCAUGGCUUUUGUCGAAGAGGCAAAUAAAAUGCACAAGGAAAUCGCUCCUAAAGCCGAGGAAGCAGUCAAAUCUGCGGAGACAAAUUUGAAAAUGAUCAGGAACUGCAAGAGCGACAUAAACAAAUAUUUUUAUAAUACUGCUUGCAAAAGUAGUGUGAGCAACUUUUUGGGGCUUUUUUGUAUCGCAUUUUGUAUCGUACGGUUGUUUUAACCUGGAGAUACA